CGAUAUUUGUGCGCGUUGUUUCUUCAUUGUGCGCGUUUUACAAAAAUAAUCAUGUUGUAUGAUGUGACAGCGCUGUGGUUAAGGUCUGGUUAGGUUUAGACACAAAAAACUCGGUUAGAGUUCGGGAAAGAUCAUAAUUUUGUUUAAAAAAAAAAAAAAAAAUCAAUCUCGCGAGAGUUUUCGCGGCGAAUCGUGGGUCUGGGGUUACCAUCCAGACACUACUCAGCUACAUUAGCAUUUUGCGGCUGCGCCGCGACACACUAAUGACUCCUGUCGUAACUUAGACAAAAACAAAGGUAGGUACUAGUUGAUCCACCAACAGCACACAUGGACAUCAAUGAGUGUGUUUUGUCGGCGGGCCGAGCCGUGCUGGACAUGGUGGAGCGAGAGUGGCAGCCUCUGUCUCCGGCCGAGCUGGAGCAGCGGUUGGACCAGGCGGUGGAGGAGAUCCUGGAGGCUGACCUGAUAACAAAACUCAAAACUCAGCCUCCUCCUCCUCCUCCUCCACCACCACCACCACCUGCUGCUAUAUACGUCCAGUUACUGCAGGAUCAAGCUAAUGUGCAGCCGCAAGUGUUACACACGACCACAUCCAGUCCUGCAGAGGAAGAGACAGCAGAGAGCCGAGAACAGCUGGAGACUGUAGACACAGCUGUAGUCAAGCACAUCGCCGAUCUGCUUCAAAGCUCCACAUCUAGAGCUCGAAUGGCUGGACGAGCUCGCUUAUCUCUGUCUCACACCGUCCUGCUGUCCCUCACGCUGCUCUCCGAGCGCGUCAGCUACCGCUGCGUGUCCCGCCGCUUCCGCCUGGAGAAAGGAAACAUCCACAGGAUCUUCUUCUCUUUCUGCGAGCGCGUCAACAUGCUGCAGGAGAGGCUCAUCAGAUGGCCGGACGGCAGAGACGCUGUAGAGGCUCUGCUCCCACUUUCCAGUCAGCUGGGAAAAGAGAGGGAGCAGGAAGAAGAGGAGCAAAGUAUCCCUCAGGUCCUGGGAGUGCUGGGAUUCACACGGAUCCCAAUCCGCUUGCCUAUAGGGAAACAUGACGUGGAGAGCGCAGUGCCUGAGGUGAAGAGGAUGAAGAGGGAGGCCCAUCCCGACUCCUGGCUCAACCUUGAGCUCGUAUGCGACUGUAAGGGCCGUUUCCUCCACUGCAGGAUCAGUAAAGGAUCAGACGUGGACAGAGGCAGCGCAGUGAGAAACAAACUCAAACAGCAUCCUGAGCUGAUGCCGCCCGGCUCCUGCCUGGUGGCCAGAGCCGGCUACCCGCUCACCGCUCACAUUUUAACCCCAUACACCACAGGAAGUCACGGACCAAGAGAGGAGCUCUUUAACAAGACGCUGGAGGCACAUUUUCACAUUCUGGAUCAGGCCGUCGCCACGCUGAGAGCCAGAUUUCAGAGACUCAGGUAUCUGGAUAUCGGGAACUACGAUCGAGCCAGAGCUGUCGUGCUGACCGCCUGCGUGUUGCACAACGUGUUUUUGGACAUGGGAGAAGUGGUUCAAGGAGAGGUUGAGAAAGAGGAAGUCAUGAGCCAAGAGGGAGAGGAGGAGCAGGAGGAGGAUGACGAGGGUGUACGCAGACGUGAAGACAUCGCGGACUUUCUGUUUAAACGCUUGGAUUCUGAAAGCACAUGAUGUGUGAUGAUGUCUGUUGUCGGAGAGAAUGAACAUUUCUGUAAAUUAAAGGUUUAUUUUAACAGGA